UGGCAGUGACACGUGGACAACCUCUUGGUAACCCCAUAGCCACUCCAGUCUGUUCAGCAGGUCACGACGACCACAGACUGAAGGCGGCAGAGAUGGAGCGGAGGCUGCUGCGAACUGUCUAUCCGAUGGCAGAGACGGCCCGCCUGCUGCUGCCUCUGGUGCUGCUGCUGAUCCUGCAGUUGGCCGGGCAGGGAUCUGCCGUUAGUCCACCACCGGGCUCGGUGACGAUGGACGGCUUUAGCUACGCAGGCGACGGGUGUCCUUCCGGGAGUUUCGCAUCGUCUGUCUCCGAGGACGGGAAGGCGAUGACGAUGAUGUUCACCAAGUUCAUUGCUACGACGUACAGCAGCGCGGCCGAGCGGAGGAAGAUGUGCUCAAUGACCAUAGAUCUCAGUUACCCUGAAGGCUUCGCUGUAGGGUUGGGGUCGGUCACUUUCGGCGGGUACGCAAAGCUCGAUGGAGGGGCGUCUGGGUCGAUUAAGGCGUUUUACCACGUCCCGGGGAAGACAGGGACGGCUCGCCUCACUCGCAAGAUCCAGGGACCCUUGGACGACAACUUCGAAUACACGAACGGAUUCGAUUUGGCACUUUACAGCCAGUGCGGCGGAAAACAUAGCCUGUCAUUGCAACUCGAAGUCAAGGUGAACCCAGGCAAGCAGGCCAAGGGAGGGGGGAUCAUUCGACUGGACUCCCUGCCCAAGCCGUUGGAUCUCGUCUGGAAGCAAUGCUAAGAAGCCGGCGAGCUCGUAGGAAGGCAGGGCAGCCAACUGUAGUGCCUUACCUUCUUCCCUCCGAAAGAGAAAGUACGUCGAUCACAUUGGCUGCACGGGACCGGAAACAUAGCUUGUAUGGAUUCCUUAUCAGGGUGCGUUGUGUUGGGGGGGGGGGGGGGGGGGGAAGACGGUAGCAACGUAAGCGCGUGAGAGAGGGUUCAGCGAAAAGGGGGAGGUUGAGAGUCUGUCUGCUGAAUGUAACGUAGAGCAUAGGGCAGCAAAUUCCAGCAAUGCCAUUUUGUUUAUCAUAGUUUCAGAAUCUGUAAGUAGAAGUGGGGAGGGAUUGUGUUCGGGUUCGUGAUGCGUACGGAGGCGGUAGCUUCAGUUCUAUUAAGCUGGAGUCUGGUGGACCCAAAACUCCAAGGGUGAUAGUGGAAACUCUGUGGUGAGUCUGGUGAUCCCAUUUGCUCUUGUGUUUGGUGUCUAUGUAUUAAUAUUAUGUAAUAUAACACGCUGGCAGGGACUGUGUUCGGGUUCGUGAUGUGUACUGAGGUUGUCACAGAGUAUAAUAUAGAGGGGAUUUAUUUCUGGAGUCGGACGAGCUGGCGGUAGCUUGGUAAUGGAAAUUCUGUGAUAAAUCUGGUGAGCCCAUUCCUUUUUUUGGUGUAGUGUGUGUGUGUGUGUGUGUGUGUGUGUGUGUGUGUGUGUGUGUGUGUGUGAUUGUCUGUGUGAUUGUUGGGGGGUUGUGGGGGGAAGGGGGGGCGCAGCUUCUCGACCUGGUGGCCGACGUUGUGUAUCAUGAUGCGCUUGUGAUUGUCACGAAUGAACUCAGCUAAAGUAACCGUUACGGUAGAGGACUGAGAGGAUGAAGUAAUCUGCCGCAGUGUGCGUGCUGGUGCUUUUGUCACGUAUGCACUCAGCUAAAUAGUCGUAGAGGAGAAGGUAAUCUCCGCGUUGUGCGUCUGUGUCCCACGGGAAUGUGAGGGACCAUGAUCGAGUGAGCUUGACUGAAGAUCGGCAGACUCAGUGGGAGAGCGUCUUUUUUCAUCUGGAUGUGCUGUACUCUUUGCUUUCCCGGAUUUUAGUUACGAUAUCAAUUUUGUUAAAGGCGA